AUGUACAUGCAAACCAUUAUAAAACAAUCGAAAAGUAUCGAUGAAGAUUUGGUACAAGGAACUAAAAAAUGGGAAGAAGCAAGAGAGAAGUAUUCUUUAACUGGAAGUAGAUUAGCUGCUGCAAUUGGAAUUGAUCCAUACACUUCACAACAUGAUUUAAAAUUAAUAUUAGCGAAAAAGAAAACCCCAUUCUUUAGUGACUACUGUAAAAAGGCAAUGGAACAUGGUAAACACCAAGAACCAAUAGCAAGAGAAUUUUAUUUUAAUGAAUUGGAGACUUCAAUUAUCGAAAAGGGUAUCUUUCCAUUGCCAGGCGACAAAAGAAUUGGAUGUUCUCCUGAUGGGGUAAUUUACACAACAGUACCUGGUAAAGAUGGAGUUUUACAGCGUGAAGGAGUUAUUGAAAUAAAAUGUCCACUAUCUACCACGAACUUCAGUGGCCUAAAGAAUGGUAGAAAACCUGAUGCCUUAGCUAAUGCUCAGAAAAUACCUCUAGAUUACAUUCCACAAAUAUUUGCAAACAUGGCAUGUACUGGGGCACAAUGGUGUGAUUAUAUAUGUUGGGUUCCAGAAACUUAA